AUGCCACCACAUCCAAAGCGCUCGAAGUUGGAAAAUCGGCCCAAAAUCGGCAAACAUCCCAUCAAGACACCAAGCCUGCAGUAUCUCACCGCCUCUCUGCCGAUAUCACGUGCCACGUCCUUGCAAUUGUUCUACUUGAGCAGAAUGGAGUAUUGGGCCGAGACCCGGAGUGGGCCAGGUUCGACAGUGCACAACACGAACAGAAUACGGCUAGCCUUGGAAGAGGUAAUCCGUUCCAAUGGGGUGACGAGCAUCCUCGACGCCCCCUGCGGAGACGCGACCUGGAUGCCUCUUGUUCGUGGUAUCGAUCAAGUCCGAUACCUCGGAGUAGAUAUCUCCCCCAGCGUCGUGGAAGACAAUCGACGCAAGUUUUCCAAACUACAGGACCACAGUGGGGGGUCGGGAGAUGAAGCCGUGGCUUCGGCAAGCGCAGGAGGCUUACAUGGGGCUUCGUUUAUCCAGGCCGAUCUCGUUGAGCGGAUACCACCCUCCAUGGAUGGAAAGCCAUACGACCUCAUCUUCCUCAGGGACGUCAUGCUCCACCUCGCCCGUCAACACAACGUGCAGAUGCUGCAGAACAUAGAGGCUAGUGGUGCGCGAUUCUUGAUGGCGAGCACGAACGUUGACGGCAACGACAACUGGAAGGCUGAUACCUUUCGGCCGGCGGACGGGCUCUUGGUAAAUCUUUCUCUACCACCAUACUGCUUGCGGCCGCCGAUUGCGCUCUACUCCGACGCGAUCCCCGAACGACCGGGCCAGCGUAUGGGGCUGUGGGAGUUGGAUCCCGCCAGGCCGCUUGUUGGUUCGAAUGAGCUAUGUGACCAUAUUUCCCCAGGUCCCCAGGAGCUACCCUAA